AUGAGAAGUAUCUUCCGAGUUCUAGACAUCGGAGGGAAGAAGAGAGCAGAGUAUCCGAAAGAAGAAGAAGAAGUAGAAGAGAAGAAGAAAACAGGCGCAAAGAAACAAUGGGACGCCGCAGACGAAGGCGAAGACGAAGACGCAGGCGAUAGAGAGAGAGAAGAAAAUGCGAGGGCGAAGGUGAUACUGCAUAGGGGCAACUUUUUCUUGAGCGAGCGAGAUGAAAGGAAAGCGACUUGCGUAAGGGGUCACGUGGACUCGUAUUAUAUAAGCAGGACGUUGUAUCAAAACGGGCGAAAAGGGGGCUUAUCAGGACUACACGAGAGAGCACACCAAGAAGAAAAUACCAAGAUGAGUAGACCAAGAAGAGUACGACGACAAGAGUACGACGCGAGAAAAAGAUAG